AUGCGCCACGCCUUGGCUCCGCAGCGCUCCAGUGCCACCCCGCUCUCCACUUCGGCCGGGUCUUUCAAUAGAAGAAAGCGAAAUUCCCUCUAUGUCACCGUGAGUCUCCUCGUCGUCUCGCUCCUCAUUCUCACAGUGGGCCUUGCUGCAACCACACGGACCCAAAACGUGACCGUUGGGGGUUACUACCCAGGAGCUAUUCUGGGCUUUGGAUCAUUUCUUGGCAUUAUCGGAUCCAAUUUGAUCGAAAAUAAAAGACAGAUGCUGGUCGCCUCCAUUGUGUUCAUCAGUUUCGGCGUCAUUGCUGCCUUCUGCUGCGCGAUUGUGGAUGGCGUCUUUGCUGCCAGGCAUAUCGACUUGAGGCCACUUUACGCAGGACGUUGUCACUACUAUGCCAAAAGUCCAACCGAGCCCAAGACGGUUUGCCACCCUCAGCCCCGGAGUUCCUGCGUUCCCAAGAUCAGAACCAACACCUGCUUUUGUUGCGACUUGUACCAUUGCGGGAGGAUGGAGAUUUCCGGCGGUUAUUAUGAAUUCAUCGAUGUCAACAGUUGCCAAGAUAUCGUCCACCUCUACCAUUUGCUGUGGUCGGCAACGGUGUUAAAUAUCUUGGGUUUGGUUCUAGGCAUCAUCACGGCAGCCGUCCUGGGUGGCUUUAAAGAUAUGAUUCCUGCUAAUCCCACUCUUACCUGUACGGUCGAAAACACCCGGCCCGCUGUGACCUUUUACUCACGACCCCAGGUGACCUCGUACAACACCUAUCACAGCACGCCUCACCUGCCACCGUAUUCAGCGUACGACUUCCAGCAUUCCAGCCUCUUUGCAACCUCCAGCCCAUCCGGCCUGCCAGAGGAUCCGCUCUCGUUACCACCCUCGCCGAGUUUGGUCUGGUCCCCAACUGUGGCUCCACCUCGUUACUCCCCACCGUAUUUUCCACCUUCCGAAAAGCCGCCGCCUUAUUCGCCGUGA